UGCUGUGCAAACGGGGUGAUUCAUCUUACAAUAGUAUACCGAUAUACCUAAACACUGGUCAACAACCACUAGUAACGCAAGUCAAUGUAAAGUCACGUGGUGCGAGUAGAACGGCCAUCUUUCUCUGAAAACACAAACAACAAGAGUAGCGAGCCGACAAGACAUCAACACGCAGUGACCGUAGGAGAGGGGGGAAAUAAUACAUACAAUAUUUUUAAUCAUUCACAAAAUAUUGAAUGAAUGAAGAUUGUACACAAAAAUAACGUAUUUGAAAAAUAAACAACAUUGCUUCAGUAAGCAGUUUGAAGGGAGGUGGUCAGGAAUCAAAGGUGUCCUCACCUGGAGAGUCUCGGUCAAGCCACGUUUCAGUUGGAGAGAGAACGACAGAAGGAGAGGGAAGAGAGGGAGAGGAGGAGGGAGAGAGUCGCGUCUGUUCCUGGCAGCUGUUCCAGCAGCCUGUUUUCUUCCCUGCGUUUAGAUUUAAAUCGAGAAGGAUCUUUAUUUUUUUAAGUGUGAUAUUACUGCUGUUGUCGUCCAAUCAUUAUUGUUACUAUCGACAGUGUUUUAUUUUGUUUGUUUCAUUGUUAUUGACUUGACAGUUUAUUCCAAUUUCUUUGUUCUUGUUUUUUAUUUGUACUACUUUUUUCGGCUGUGAGCAGAGGCUUCUUCCAAACUGUUCUCUUACCCGAACCAGCACUCUAUCCCCUAUACACACUUGAAACAGGCAGCUAUUCUCUAUCUCUGUGUGUUUUGGGGAGCUCUGUGAUCACAGCUAAAUAAGCACCACUCAGCCUUCUCACCUAAGCCUAACUAAGCCAGUCCUAGCCUGAUCCAGCCUGGUCCGAUCUUCUGGACAGGAUACUCAGCUCUAUAAAGACGUAAGGAAUAUGACUGCUGAGACACUUAACUUCGGCCCCGAAUGGCUCCGUGCACUAUCCAGUGGGGGGAGUGUGACGUCCCCCCCUCCUUCCCCCGCCAUGCCAAAGUACAAGCUGGCCGAGUAUCGCUACGGCCGAGAGGAGAUGUUAGCACUUUAUAUCAAAGAGAACAAGGCCCCGGAGGACAUGCAGGAUAAGGAGUUUGCUUCUAUUCUGCAAGAUGAGCCCAUGCAGCCGCUGGCACUGGAGCCUCUCACUGAGGAGGAGCAGAGGAACUUCUCAAUGUCUGUGAACAGUGUGGCUGUGCUGAGGCUCAUGGGUAAAGGAGGGGGUGUUGCCCCAGCAGGCGUGGCCCGAGGCAGAGGCACCACGCGAGGAGGAGGCCGAGGGCGAGGUCGAGGCGAGAGUGGAGGAUUCUACCAAAGAAGUAUUGAGGAGGGAGAGGCAGGCUUCGGCCGUGGAGCCAGAGAGAUCCACCGCAGCCAGAGCUGGGACGACAGGGGCGAGAGGCGUUUUGAGAAGCCUGUGCGUGCCAGGGAGGGGGUACGUGUUGGCUUCGAGGAGGCGACUGGUGUCCCUGUGCCUGGUGUACCGAGGAAGGACUACACGCGGUCGGACAGUGAGAACUGGCGUAGCCUCCGAGAGGAGCAGGAGGAGGAGGAGGAAGGGGCCGACCCCGGGGGCAGCUGGAGACUGGCCGGAGCACGGAGAUUAGAUGAUGGAGGUCCAAAGUCAGCAGGCUGGCGGGAGCACGACAGUCAGGUUGAGGGGCGUCGCAGGAAGUUUGAGUUUGACUUCAGCGGGGGUCGCAGGCGGGCCGGCAGCGAGGGGUUAGAGGACGACAGAGACGGACUGCCUGAGUGGUGCACUGAUGAAGAAGGAGAGAUGGGCACCUUCGACGCUUCCGGAGCCUUCCUACCCAUAUCCAAGGGAGGAAAGGAGGAUGAAUUUGACUUCCAGGGAAUAGAAGAGGAGGAGGAAGAAGAGGGGGAGAGUCUUUCUGACAUGAAGAGGAUCAUGAAUGGAGGACAGAGAGUCGAUGUAAAGGAAUCCGCUGGUACCAGUCCCUCUUCCUCCUCCUCCUCCUCCUCUCCCCCUGGCCCCCUCUCUGCCCCUCCCGCUCUGGCUCUCAACCCCCCCAUGCCCCAGCUGUCCCUCACCGUGGCUGAGCUGGAGGCCUCUCAGAUGGCCAACAGCCACCCUGUCCCUGUUCCUGUCCCUGUCAAGGCCAGCAAGAUGCCAAGUGAAGUUCUCGAGGGCUCUCCAGCAGGGUCCUCCACCACCCAACAGAGCCCCAGCACCACCUCCAGUCUGCCUUCACCCCCUCCCUCCUCCUCUGCUGCUAACCAUCUCUCCCUGCCACCGGGGGGUGACACUGAGGACGACGAGGGCAUGAAGCACCUGCAACAGGAGGCAGAGAAGAUGGUGGCGUCCCUGCAGGACACGUCUCUGGAGGAGGAGAGUUUCACUCAGACGCUGCAGGAGAGCAGAAACACAGCCUCCGCCCUGCCCCUCUCCCACGACGCUGCCAUGAAGUGGUUCUACAAGGACCCCCAGGCAGAGAUCCAGGGUCCAUUCACCACCCUGGAGAUGUGCGAGUGGUUCCAGGCGGGCUACUUCUCCAUGUCUCUGCUGGUGAAGAGGGGCUGUGACGAGGGCUUCCAGCCGCUGGGUGACGUCAUCAAGAUGUGGGGACGCGUGCCUUUCGCCCCUGGGCCCUCCCCGCCGCCCCUGCUGGUGAGAUCUCCACCGCCACGCCCUCAACCUCUACCGCCCCGGGGGUCUGCUGGUAGCAUGGAUCAGGACCGUCUGAAGAAGCAGCAGGAGCAGGCAGCAGCAGUCCUCUAUCAACAGCUCCAGCAGCAGCAGCAGCUAUUCCAGCUCAUCAGCAGGUGCGGAGAGCAGGGUAUUUUGCCUUCGGUGAACAGGUCGAUGUCAGUGCCAGAUACAGGGUCCAUGUGGGACAUGCAUACCUCAGCUUCACAGCAAUCAGGCGGUGAAGCCAGUUUAUGGGACUUAACAAUGAAUUCUUCAACUCAGGGUCCAACUCUCGAACAGCUUCAGAAGCUCCAGCAGGAGAGGAGAGAAGCUGAACUCAGGGCGAAGCGCGAGGAGGAGGAACAGCGCAAGAGGAGGGAAGAGAAGAGGAGGCAGCAGGAGGAGCAGAAGAGGAGGGAGGAGGAGGAGAUCUUCAGACGCAAACAGUGUCGCCAGCAGCAGGAGCUGAUCAUGAAGCUGCUCCAGCAGGCCCCCCAGCAGGGCUCAGGCUCCGGGGUGGGGUCUGGCUGGGGCACUGGGGGUCUCAACAAGUCAGGGGCCAAGGGCCUCAGUCUGCUUGACAUGCAGGAGGCAGAGAGGCUUCUUAAACAGCAGCAGAGAGCCCAGCAGCAGCAGAGAGAACGUCACCAAGGCCUGUCAAUGGGGGGUUCCUCCAUGGGUCAGUGGGGGGACAGAGGUGCUGUCACGGGGGGCCUUUGGGGAGGCGGAGGGGGGAUGGAGGGUAAGGCUGGGGGCGGCAUGGGUCUGUGGGACGAGGCGGUGAAGAACCAGACCAGAAGUAGCAGCAUGCAGGGACUGAAGAACAGCCGCAGCAGCCCCUCACUCAGUGAGCAGUAUAUGCUGAGCUGUAGGAAGCAACGUACGGAUGAGGAGGACAAACUGCUGAAGCUGCUGCAGGGCAUCAAGACGCCUCAGGACGGGUUCACCACCUGGUGUGAACAGAUGCUGCACGCCCUCAACACCCAAGCCAACAACACCUCCUCUCCACUGGACGUGUCCACCAUCGUGGCGUACCUGAAGGAGGUGGAGUCUCCCUACGAGGUCCAUGACUUUAUCCGCUCCUACCUGGGAGACACCAUGGAAGCCAAAGAGUUUGCCAAGCACUUCCUGGAGCGCCGUGCCAAACAGAAACAGAACCUGCAGCAGCAGCUAUCAAAGGAAGUAGCAGGGCUGGCCAUGAACAACUUCCCUCUGCCGGACUCCAUGCGGGGAGUGAGCCCCAGCACCCUGCAGUCCAUGUUCCAGGCCGCCCAGAUGGGGAAGGGAGGGCUGUACGACACCCAGGGGGCCAUGAAGAAGAAGAAACAGCCUGUGGUGUUGCACUCUGACCCCAGCAUCUUAGGGUACUCAUACCACAACGCGGGCGAGCGUCUGAGCCUGAAUGAGAUGGAGAUGGUGGAGGAUUACUGAUCCAGAUCUGAUCAGCGGCAAUAGCUACUACCUGAGGCCUUCUGUCUACUAAUCAGACAAAUCUGAUGACGAAUGUGCACUGCUUGAAGGGAGGGAGGGGGAUGGUGGAGAGAGGGAGGGAGGGGGAUGGGCAGAGAAAGAGGACGGAGAGGGGGAGGGGAAUGGGUG